GAGAGGAGUCAGAGAUGAGAGAUUGGGGGAGGGAGAGUAAAGGGUGAGAGGAGGUGGAAUUGGAUAUUUAACGGUGACAGAGCUUUUGUGACUGAUUUUUUCAUAGUUAGGUUUAUUAUUAUUAAUAAACGUAGGCAGAUUCGUACAGGCAAAUCAUUUUGUUUUAUUGAGAGAAAGAACGCGCAAUUGUCCGACGCCGCUGGUGUGCUGGAGAGAGUGUGAGUGAGGCAGCGAGCUGUAGCCGAAUGGGGUGGAUCUUCGUACCCGACUUUGGGGGACUGGAAACGAUUUCCGCUGCACUGACAGCUUCGCGGAUAAGAUCAGACUGCACAGUCGUCGCUCAGAAGGAGAAUUAUUAUUAUGGACCUUAAACAUAUGUUUAACACUUACUGGAUUUAACUGACCAUUCAUCUACACGCUUAGAGAAAUAUUCUUAAUAAUUACGUGUACAAAUAAACCAUUAAAGUCAAGAGACCGAAGAAGGCUGCAUGAAGCAGUCCACAAGCUGAUUUACAGAUGGUAGUUACAGGACGGUUUGUGUCAUACAUGUCAUGUCAUACAUCAAGAGACUAGUGCUGUUCAUGUUGUGCGCACAUCAAACAAUGGGCAGGAAAAUAAUCUUGAAGAACAAUUAGGGCUUCACUUCAUGUUUUGAAUUACCGAUGCUUUAAAAAAUAUACAGGGUGUCGAACAAUAAUGAGACGCGAAGAUGUCAUGCGAGGGAAAGUGAAUUCAGUUAACUAAAGACAAGACUUUACGGUUUCAUUUCCUGAUUGUUGCCAUAGUUUUGAAACAAAAAGAAAUAUAUUCUCAAUGUUUUAUUACUCAUUUAGUAUGCUUAUAAAACUUGCCGUUACACGUCCGCGUGCAUUCAACUGCCCAACCCAAGGACGUGACUGCUGGAAUUUCCACAUUUCACAACAAAUUUUAAUUUGUAAGAGAUGUCUUCUUCUCCAUAUCACAAACAAGGUGAACAACACGCGAGUCUGCAAAGAGCUUGAGUAAAAUUACACGAAGACUUUUCAUUACUGGUGUCAAAGGUCAGACCCCAGCUUCACGCGCAAGUUGGAGCAUUUACAGGGACACCAAAGAAAUGAUGGGGAGUCUAGAUGUCACCGUUUUCUUCAUGGUGGUGCUCAUAACGCCCAAGUCAGUUUGCGCAGUACCGGUAGCAUGUCCACAGAAGUGUUUUUGUGAACCGGAUACAGAAUAUCCAUCGGAAGGAGAUAUCAAUCUUAAAGUCAUCUGCAGUGACCUUGGUCUUGAUGCCCUUCCUGGAAACAUUCCACCACAUACCACAACCCUUCUGUUCGAUCGCAACUCGUUAUCUCACCUGAAGAACUACACUUUCAGCAGUCUGAAAGCGUUAAAAAAUUUGAACCUUUCGUCCAACAAAAUCUCUUCUCUUGAAGAAGACAGUUUUGUGAAUCUGACAGAGUUACAGUAUUUGCGGCUGGACAACAACCGGUUGGAGUUAAGUCCACACACUUUUCCUUCGUUCGUUUUUAAACCGCUCGGGUCCUUACGAUCUCUGUCUUUACACAACAACACGCACCCAGCGUCUCAUAAAAACGACCAUGCGUCCACUUCAUCGCCGUUAUCGCCAUCGAUAUCAUCACAGACAGGGAAGCAGAACAAACACAUCGUCUACCUGAGGGUUGCUGAAAACAGUCCACAUACCAGUGAUGAUGGUACAGGGAUGGUGAGACUGGACUAUCCUGAUAAAGCGUUGUCGUAUCUUUCAAAUUUAGAAGAACUGUACAUAGACGGGCUCACAAACAGAAGUUUCGGGCCGGGGUUUGAAAAGCUUCACAAUCUAACCAAAGUAAUCUUUCAUGGGAAAAAAGGUUUCUGCAAAAUUGAUACUCUGAAUAACAAAACAUUCGUCAGUGUCCCUACCCUACAGACUUUAGAAAUGUUUGCCUGCGGCAUCAAGAACAUUGAGGCUGAUGCAUUUGGUGCACUUAAAAAUCUUGAAAAUUUAGAUAUCUCCAGUAACUCUGAGCUCGGAUUGAACAAAUUCUUUGAUGCACUGUACGGCCUAACUAAAACUCGAUUGACAAACUUAUUAAUUGACAGAAUCGUGCCGUUCGGAGCUCCAGGCCGGACAAUCACGGGAGCAAAUCUGCGCUUCUUUCAUAAUCUGAGUUAUCUCAACCAUUUGUCAGCUCGGUUCAAUAGGAUAACUAACUUUGAAGUAGGGGCACUCUGCUCAGGAGUUUCCCCGAGUCUGAAACAUGUCAACUUAGGUGCCAACUGGUUAGAGCUUACUUAUUAUGUUCGGGAUUUGCAUUGUCUUAACGGACUCCAAACACUUUCCGUUGAUGGUCAUGACUGUUGGCCUCGACGACUGAAAUUGCCAGACGGCAAUCCGGACCUGACGAACGCACACCAUCACCGGUCAACUCGCCAGAAUUUCACCAAUAAAAGAUUUGAUAAUCCACGGGAGUUCAUCCUUCCACCGAACUUGGAAAGUCUGUCAGUCUCAAACAUAGGAUUGUUUUACAUUCUCGGUGACAUUCGAGUUAACCCUUCCAACAGUCUUAAGCAUUUGAAAGCAAACGGAAAUCAUUUAUCUCGCUGGUAUGGACCUGUUAGCGGGCUCAAUCACAUUACCACGCUAAAUUUAGCUGAUUCAUUGGGCUCAGAUGUGAAAUCUCAGUUUUUUGAAAGUUUCCCUUUUCUGAAGGCGCUGAACAUAAGCGGAAACGAAUUCAGAGAAAUUUUUCGGAACGACACAGAAGGCAGAAUUCUCAGCAGUCUCUCCAACCUAAGCGUUCUAGAUAUUUCUAGAAAUAAUAUCGGAAAACUUCAUAAGAAAAGCUUUUUUAAUUUAGAAAAUCUGGAGGAAAUAUAUAUGUCUCAAAAUGGACUUGGAAAUUUUGAUGUUUCUUUAAUACACAUGAACAAGUUAAAGUUCCUUGAUGUCCAACAAAAUUUGAUGAAUUUUCUACCUCGGUCCCUCCGCAACCAUUUGGACAGGUUGGCUGAGAGCCACAAUGUAUCAGUGAACAUGAAAUUCAACCCCAUUACCUGCACGUGUCACAACAUCAACUUUCUGAAGUGGAAACGAGACUCGAAAGUAAACUUUGGCACCGACGACAACUACUACUGUCUGUACGAGGAUGGGUCUCAAGGGCUGAUGACAGACCUGCCUGGCACCAUCACAUCUCUGGAGCAGACUUGUGGGGGCAACGUCGGCGCCUUUUUCGCCUCGGGGGCGCUGUUGCUGUCGCUGAUGACGUCACUGGCACUGGCGUUGGCCUACCGUUUCCGGUGGAAGCUGCGCUACCUGUACUACGCCACGCGACUCAACUUCCACAGACAGCGGCAGUCUGCAGACGACGAGUUCGACUUCGAUGCCUUUGUCUCCUUCUCGUCCGAGGACAACGACUUCGUCAUGGGCGAGCUGAGGCGACGAUUGGAGAACGACCGUGACGUCACGCUGUGCAUCCACACCAGAGACUUCACACCAGGUCAGUACAUCGCCACCAACGUGGUGGACUGCGUUCAGCGAAGUCGGCGGACGUUGGUGGUGGUGACGCGCGCGCUGUUGGAGUCGGACUGGUGUCACUACGAGCUGCAGAUGGCGCUGAUGGAGGCCAGCCACACGGGCCGUCACGUGCUGGUCUUCCUGUUGUACGAACACCUGUCCAGCCACCAGAUCCCCCGUCAGGUUCUGUACAACAUCCAGGCGGCCACCCACAUCGAGUUCCCGCAUGAGGAAGAGGACCUGGGUGUCUUCUGGAAUAGGCUUGCACUGGCGCUCAAGGCCUUGGAUACAGAGUACUCAUUGGAAGGAGAGAAGGGCAGUCUGAAAGUCAACUGCAGUCACCUUGGUCUUGAUGCUCUUCCUGAGGACAUUCCACCACAGACUACGUACCUUGUGUUCGAUCGCAACUUGUUAACACAUCUACAGAACUAUACUUUUAGCUAUCUGAAGGCGUUAAAAUGCUUAAACCUAUCAUCUAACAUGAUCUCUUCGCUUGAAGAAGAGAGUUUCGCGGAUCUGACAGAGUUGCAGUAUCUACAGCUGGACAAUAACCGGUUGGAGUUCACUUCCCACACCUUCCCGCCACUUGUUUUUAAACCGCUCAGCUCCUUACUAUUUCUAUCUUUACACAACAACACACAUCCAGUGUCUAUUGAAAACCUUCACUCACCACAUGUAUUCGAUUCAUCGUGGUCAUGGCCAUAUUUAUCACCACGGUCAGCAGGUCAGCGAAAAGACUUAAUGUAUAGGAAUGUGCCUGAGAGCAAAGAAGAUGAUAGCAGCAAUGAGACAUGGAAGCAGCUUUUGCUGGACUAUCCAGACGAAGCUUUAUCGCAUCUUUUAAAUCUGAGAACACUAUUUAUUGACGGACUCACCAACACAACCUUUGGACCGGGUUUUAAAAAGCUUUAUAAACUAAUCAAACUAGUCGUUAGUGGGGAAAAUGGUUUUUGCAAAAUUCAUUCCCUGACUAACAAAACUUUUGUCAAUAUCCCUAGCCUGCAGGACUUAGACCUGUCUAAAUGUCACAUCAACACUAUCGAAGUCGAUUCAUUCGGUUCACUUCCCAGUCUAGUAAACUUGUCUCUUUCUCGUAAUUCUCAGCUCGGUUUGAACAAACUAUUUGAUGCACUUUACGGUCUGACUAAGACUCGACUGGAAGUGUUAUCCGUGAGCGGAAUCGUGCCAUUUGGAGUUCCAGGACAGACAAUCACAAAAGAAAAUCUACGUUUCUUUGGCAACCUAACACACCUGCACACCUUAUCUGCGCGAUCCAACAGGAUAGUUAACUUUGAAGUAGGAGCCCUCUGUGAUGGAGUUCCCCCUAACCUGAGAAUCGUAUAUCUGGAUGCUAACUGGCUAGAGUUUACAUACUAUGUUCAUGAACUGGACUGUCUCAAGGGACUCGAAGUACUCACGGUUGAUGGUUACGAUUAUUUGCCCCAACGACUAAGGAUACCAGAUACCAAACCUGCCAUCACAAAUACACAUCGUUGCCAGUCAACGCCCCCAAGUCUGACCGAUGAAAGAGUUAAUGAUGAACAAGAAUUUCUCCUUCCACCGAACUUGAAGUAUCUGUCUCUCUCAAACAUGGGAUUGUUUUAUAUCCUCGAAGAAAUUCAAAUUAACUCUUCAAACAGUCUCGAGUGUUUAGAAGCAAAAGGAAAUCAUUUAACUAGCUGGUACGGGCCUGUUAGAGGACUUGAACAUCUGACCAUGCUCAAUAUGGCAGAGUCGAAGGGUUCGGAAGUAAGACCUACAUUUUUCGAAAGUUUCCCUUCUCUGAAGGUGCUGAACAUUAGUGGAAACGAAUUCCGAGAAGCAUUUCGAGCCGACACAGAAGGCAAACUCCUUAGAAGACUGUCAAACCUAAGUAUUUUAGACAUUUCUAGAAAUAAUAUUGGAGAAAUUCCUAAACAAAGCUUUUAUAACUUAGAGAAUCUGGAGGAAAUAUACACGUCCCAAAAUGGACUUGGAAGUUUUGAUGUUUCUUUAAUACACAUGAACAAGUUAAAGUUCCUUGAUGUCCAACAAAAUUUGAUAAAUUUUUUCCCAGAGUUCCUCUGCAACCAUUUGGACAGGUUGGCUGAGAGCCACAAUGUAUCAGUGAACAUGAAAUUCAACCCCAUUACCUGCACGUGCCACAACAUCAACUUUCUGAAGUGGAAGCGAGACUCGAAAGUAAACUUUGGCACCGACGACAACUACUACUGUCUGUACGAGGACGGGUCUCAAGGGCUGAUGACAGACCUGCCAGGCACCAUCACAUCUCUGGAGCAGACUUGUGGGGGCAACGUCGGCGCCUUUUUUCGCCUCGGGGCGCUGUUGCUGUCGCUGAUGACGUCACUGGCACUGGCGUUGGCCUACCGUUUCCGGUGGAAGCUGCGCUACCUGUACUACGCCACGCGACUCAACUUCCACAGACAGCGGCAGUCUGCAGACGACGAGUUCGACUUCGAUGCCUUCGUCUCCUUUUCGUCCGAAGACAACGACUUCGUCAUGGGCGAGCUGAGGCGGCGAUUGGAGAACGACCGUGACGUCACGCUGUGCAUCCACACCAGAGACUUCACACCAGGUCAGUACAUCGCCACCAACGUGGUGGACUGCGUUCAGCGAAGUCGGCGGACGUUGGUGGUGGUGACGCGCGCGCUGCUGGAGUCGGACUGGUGUCACUACGAGCUGCAGAUGGCGCUGAUGGAGGCCAGCCACACGGGCCGUCACGUGCUGGUCUUCCUGUUGUACGAACACCUGUCCAGCAACCAGAUCCCCCGUCAGGUUCUGUACAACAUCCAGGCGGCCACCCACAUCGAGUUCCCGCAUGAGGAAGAGGACACGAGCUUGUUCUGGAACAGACUAGCCCUGGCGCUGAAAGCUUGACACAACCUGCUUGAAGCCAAUGUUUGGACAAAGAACAGUUCGAGCUUUGCUGAUUGACCAUAAAAAGAUUAUGUUAGAGUGUGAGACGUUCAUGCUAGUAAUUUUAAAAGACUCCAGUAUAAUGGAAUUUGCCUCCAUUUAUUAUGCGUAAAAUAGGAGAAGAGGGGACUAAAAUAUCUUCUUCUCUUUAGUACUUUUAUUUUUGCCCCUUUCUGAUUUUAUAUAAAUUUGCCCCCUGCCUUACAUUCAGCCAGCCUCUCACAACACUUGUUAGACUCGUGUCCUAAAGCGAAUUCUUCCAAAGGUACUAAGCCUAUACUUCCUUAAUCUACUGUAUAUAAUAAUAAUUCAAUGAGCAGGAUUUUAUACUAAGCUGAAGUCUUUCUGUGUGUAUACAUGUGGUUGAGAUGUCCUGUACAUGAUGGCAAGAAUAUGUCAGUGUCUUUUUCCCUUAUUAUUAAAUUCUUAUAUAAAAAUUACCUUUCAUUGGAUCUUGUUUUUGUUUUUUGGGUUUUGUAAAAAAGAAAUAACCGUUCUAUCAUGUACA